CAGAGCUCCCGGGUUCCGCGUUUCUAGAAUCUCGGAAGACUCGAUUGCCGAAUCCGGCGCAAGUCUCCGUAGUGUACAUGUGCCGCAGGGACUUUAAAGCUUGAGAUUUAAGACUCACUUACUAGCCACCUCACUCAACGCUCUUUAACCAUACAUCCAUGAUUGCAACCAUCUUUAUUCUUUGAGUCUUCGAAAUGUCCGAAUCUCCUGAACUCACCGUCCACCAUCUCCACCUCUCCCAGUCCGACCGAGUGAUCUGGCUCUGCGAAGAACUGGGUCUCCCCUACCAGCUCAAAUGCUACGACCGGGAUCCCGUGACCUCCUUCGCCCCGGCCGCCUACCGGGCCCUGCACCCCAUCGGCACCGCCCCCGUCAUCCAAGACGGUAGCGCCGUCACCCUCGGCGAGACCAACGCCAUCUUCGAGUACCUGCUUGCCAGAUACGACCCCCAAGGCAAACUGACUCUUCCGCCCACCCACCCCAACUACCCGGACUACGUCUUCUGGCUCCACCACACCAACGGCGGGAUCCAGCCUGCCCUCUACGAGCUCAUGUUUGCGCGCAUGUCCGCUCUGCCCGAGAACAACCCGGCCACCCAGGUCAUGCAGGGCCGGCUGGACCGCAGCCUGGCUGCGAUGGAGGCCCAGCUCGCCAAGUACCCGUUCAUCGCAGGCGAGAACUUCACGGCGGCGGACUGCAUGCUGCUGUUCCCGCUCACGACGUUCCGGAUCUUCAUGCCGUACAGUCUGGAGGCGUAUCCGCAUAUUGUCAGCUAUUUGGGGCGGAUCGGGGAGCGGAGCGCGUUUGUGGCGGCGAUGGAGAAGGGGGACCCGGGGUUGAAGAGGCCGAUGGGCGCUGAGGGUGUUGUUGCUGCUGUUGCUGGUGAGGAGCGUUCUCAGAAAGCGUGAGGUAGAUGUGGCACUCGGGGAAACUUGCAACGGGGGUUAAGAUGGGGAUAUGGCCGAUUAUUCGUCGGUUUGUAUAUUAUGAAACUUCGGGUUUGCUUCGAGGGUCCUUGCAACUAGGUUUGUACAUAUGUAGAUGCUGAUUACAAUAUGACGCUCAAGGAUGGGCUACAUGAAACCAUAUCUUGAACUCCUGGUGGUCAGUUAUAGCUGACUUAGUUCUUCAACAUGUGAGAUAGGC